AAGGCACGUAGGUCGUAGAGCAGCAGUUGCCACCAGUACCCUCUGUCCUCCACAGAACGAAGCCUUCUGCUGAAUAUCUCCCAAGAACCCUUACGGUGUCUUCCUGACUCAUGGUUCUCACCGCAUCACAUAUCUCCAUUCACCGCAGCAUCAUGUCACAUUUCGAAAUAGAACAGAAGCCAUCUCUGCGCAAUCCUGAAUAUCGAUAUUUGCCCGUUUCAGACGCACGGAUCCCACCCCAUCUUCCUGCCCAGGCUGUUCUCCUUCGUAUUCCUCCUGAUCGCCCAGGGCCCACGGCCACGGCGCCCCAGGGAACAGCCACUGGCCAGUCAGCGAAGGAAAAUAGGCCUCUUCCUCCGUAAACACUGGAGUAGACUGUCCCUGUAGCCAAUAUCAAUGGACGCUGGAUGGAUCAGAUGGGCAUCAUGGAGGAGUCGUCGGGCCCGCUCCGCAGCCUCCGCUCCUUUGAGUUCUUCCCCCCUCCUUUCUCUCUCAGGCUCCCUCGAGAACUCAAGCACGCAUUGGCCUGACUGGCUAAUGCCGGAUCAGCGCCCCCCCUGGAUCCCUGAUAUACAUUCACCGUUGACAACAAACUCCUCGACGGGCCCUGGCCAACAUGGUCGCGUUUUGAAAGGGCCAGAGAGCAAGCCACGGCUGAGCCGCCGCCAACCAGAACUCCCGCCUGCGACCCUCCGCCAACCUCCGUGAAACGCGCUCCUUCACGAUUUGCCCAAUGGGCGCCCGCCCGCCCUGGCUGCAGAACCUUCAGAAGAGAGUCACGACUCUCCAAUGUAUCAUCACG